AGAAAAAGAAACGCAUUCCCCAUUCAUAUGAUGAUUUCUCCUCGCAAUUCCGAAUUCAGAAACAAGAUCUGAGCCCUAAAUUUGCGUUUCCAAGAAUUCCUUCCCUCAAUCUUCAUUCAUGGCUCGUCCAAGAGCCAACCUCUUGUUCCUUCUUUGCGCUCUGUGCUAUUCUCUCAGUGCCAUUGCGGGAAAGAGCUAUUACGAUAUACUUCAAGUAUCGAAGGGCGCAUCGGACGAGCAGAUAAAGAGGGCGUAUCGGAAGCUGGCGUUGAAGUACCAUCCAGAUAAGAAUCCAGGCAACCAAGAAGCUAAUAAGAGAUUUGCUGAGAUUAACAAUGCUUAUGAAGUACUUUCCGAUAGCGAGAAGAGAAACAUUUAUGACAAGUAUGGUGAAGAGGGUUUGAAACAGCAUUCUGUAGGUGGAGGCAGAGGCGGUGGAAUGGGAAUGGACUUCCAAGACAUCUUCAGCUCCUUCUUUGGAGGAGGUUCGAUGGAGGAGGAGGAAGAGAGAAUUGUGAAAGGUGAUGAUGUGAUUGUUGAAUUGGAUGCAACCCUGGAAGAUUUGUACAUGGGAGGUUCCUUGAAGGUUUGGAGGGAGAAAAAUGUUUUAAAGCCUGCACCUGGGAAGAGACGCUGUAACUGUAGAAAUGAGGUUUAUCACAGGCAAAUAGGUCCUGGGAUGUUUCAACAGAUGACAGAGCAGGUCUGUGAGCAAUGUCCUAAUGUUAAAUAUGAAAGAGAUGGUUAUUUCAUCACUGUUGAUAUUGAGAAAGGCAUGCAAGACGGACAGGAAGUGCUAUUUUAUGAGGAUGGUGAGCCCAUAAUUGAUGGAGAACCUGGAGAUCUUAGGUUUCGUAUCCGUACAGCACCCCAUGACCUCUUCAGAAGGGAAGGCAAUGACUUGCACACCUCUGUCACUAUAACUCUGGUUCAAGCCCUUGUUGGCUUUGAGAAGACUAUUAAACACCUUGAUGAGCAUCUGGUGGACAUAAGCACGAAGGGAAUCACAAAUCCAAAGCAAGUGAGGAAGUUCAAAGGAGAGGGCAUGCCGCUGCAUAUGAGCACAAAGAAAGGAGAUCUUUACGUCACAUUUGAGGUUGUAUUCCCCAACUCACUAACGGAGGAGCAGAAAACAAAUAUAAAAGCAAUUCUUGAUUAAAAUGCAGGACACGUUUUUUAAGCCCAUUAUGUCCUCAAUGUAACAUGAUUAGGUGACUAUAGUAAAAGUAAGCCCUGAGUUUCCUGCCCCGCCCCCUUUUUUGUUAGUUAACACAAAUAGGUAAUUUUUUUCUUACACAUCGUUGAGCACGCUGUUCCGUGCCCUCCUGUGAAUUCUAGCGCCUUCUUGGCUUGUUGUUUUUUUGGUCAAGAUACAGGGAAAAUAUAACACGAGCUGAGAAGACAUGAUUACAUUGACUUUGUCCUACGCCUUAAAUCAUUACUUGAGCGAACUAGACAGCACCUAUGUUGUUAGUGCUGCUCAAUUGCGUGUUCCUUUCUUCAUGCCUCCUUUAGUCUUCAGUCAUGGUUGAUUCCUCACUUAAAAU